CCACCACAACCACCACAACCACCACAACCACCACAACCACCACAACCACCACAAUCACCACCUUCCAAUCCAUCCUUUCCAAACUCGAAUCUCUCUCUCUCCCCUUUUCCAACAUCGUGUUUGCCACUCCACGAAAUCAUCGUUCAACACUCCUCACAAACAAGGCCUCCGAUCCAACUGCUUUAUCGUUAUUUAUCUCCUUCUUCGCCGCGUUGCCGCCAUCUCACCAAUUCGUUUGGUUCUUUUCCGUUCCAGCAAACUCGACAAUCCCGACAUCUCCGAGCCUCGUUUCCGUCCACCAUCACCCGCCAUCUUCUUUUUUACGUGAAAACGCCUUUAUCCUGCCUGCUGGCUCAGCUUGCCUGCGGUCGCGAGUCUAAAGACUGAUUUCCGCUCGCCGUCGAUUCAUCAGACGUGUCCAAUAAGACCGCCCACGAUGACCCCUCCCCAUCCUCGACGCUCUUCAAAGACCACUUCGUCGUCACCAAUGACUCCUGGGUCUGCCACUUCCGCUACCGCUUCCGCUUCGAUGCUUGACACAAUCUCAAUGACCCUUCAUAAGCUUCGCAAAGGUGCCACAUUUCACAACCCAUCCUCUCCAGCCUCCGAUCACUUUAUCGUACCAUGUCUUCCACGCCGUUCGCAAACCUCGCUUGAGGAUGUUGUCGAGGCUCACAAGCGUCGUGUUGCCCUGACACUCGGAGAUAUUGACCGCGGUUUGUCUGCUAUCGACCUUGGUGCACCCACCCCGAACACUCAAAAUUUCCGUGACGAUAGCCUUCCCGUUCCUCAGGGUUUCCUCAACCACACCGUUGAUACAAACCGCCGCGAGACCCGAAGCACCAUGUCGCCCAUUGCCUCGCAAUCCGACUUCAGCAUCGGCAGAGGCUCGCUGCGACCUCGUCGACACAACCGUCGCCAGUCCACCCACCACGCAUCUGACAGCGGUCUAGGAUCCUCCAUCAUGUCUGCCUCCUCUGAGAAGAGAGGCGUCGCCGCCGCCGGCGGCCUCACCUGUCUCACCGACCAGCAGGGCGCCAAAUCGACCGUUUCGGCAUCUGCAAUCACGCGCUCCGCCGCGCCGCAUCGCUCAUCGCAAUACACCCAGCCGCGCCUGAGUGAGCGCGCGACGAAUAAGACUUACGAGUUCAUCCUGAAACCGCUGCUCGCCAUGCCGUCUUUGAAAGACUUCCACCCCAUCGUCGCGGACUGCCCGCGCAGAAUCAACGAGAAGGAGAUCGUGUGUCUGCGAGACCUCGAGAAGACACUGAUGUUCAUGGCACCUGUAAGUGAUAUCCAUAACAAUGAUGACGCCGUGAGAGCCUUCACUCACUGGUUUUCUUCGCGCCUAAAGGAACACUCGCGCACUGCAAAACUAUAUCUAGAGUUCUGCGUCACCUCUAUCCGCUGCAUUCAGGCCACCGUCGAAUUCCUGAAUGAGAGAGAGCAGACGAGACCCAACGACCGCCCGUAUACGAGCGGGUACUUUAUUGACCUGGUCGACCAGAUUAGUAACUACGCCCAGUCUGUUCAGGCUAGCCGCGAGAAGGAGGAGGAAGAGACUGACGACAUGGAUGUCCAACCAUCUGAGCAGAUCAAACUUUACGGCGGUGUUGCCAAGAAUGGCCGCCCAGCAGAGCUCGUCCGCGUGAAGAAGGACGGAACAGCCAUUUCGCUCGCGACCGGAAAGCAGAUCAAGAUGGAGAGCAUCGAGGAUGACGAGAAGAACGGCGUCAUGAUGAAGCGCUCGCUAAGCCAGGAGCUCGACGACGAGGAGUCCAUCAUGCGCUCGAUGGCGCGCCGCAAACGCUCUGCCACCGCCGAGAUCCAGGCGAAGAAGUGCAGCGAGCCUGGCUGCACCAAAGAGUUCAAGCGAUCGUGCGACCUCACCAAGCACGAGAAGACUCACAGCCGGCCCUGGAAGUGCCAGGAGCCCCUGUGCAAGUACCACGAGUACGGAUGGCCGACGGAGAAGGAGCUGGACCGCCACGUCAACGACAAGCACUCGGCGUCGCCACGCCUCUUCAAGUGCCAGUUCCCGCCGUGCCCAUACCAGUCCAAGCGCGAGUCGAACUGCAAGCAGCACAUGGAGAAGAGCCACAACUGGGUGUACGUUCGCUCCAAGAACAACGGAAAGAACCGUGACCAGGCACCGGCGCAGCAGCAGAAUGCCCUGCCCACGCCGCAGACGACUACCAUCCGCACUCCAGACUCGGAGGCUCAGCUCUCGUCUCCAGAUCAGAUGAACUGGGAGAUGGACGCCGGGAACGACGCAAACGGCUUCGACGACGGCUUCAACCACUCUCCGCUCGACUUCCCUUCCUACCCCUCCGAUUUCGCCUACAACAACGCCAAUGCCGAGCAAAGCCUACAUAACAGCUACACCCUCUCCCCCGUUGACUCACACCUCAAUUCGCUCCCCUCUUCUAACACAUCCCCCUACGUCGACACCUCAGACCUCUUCCUCGACGACGUAACCGCAAACUUCGGCUCCGCCUUCGCUCCGUCUGGGAACGACUUCACACUUUACGAAGACCUCUACUCCGCACGUGUGACCGUCCCGCAGCAGCUCCCUACUCCCGACCCAGCCAUCUUUCAACGCGAUUACGAUCCAUCGUACGCAUGUGUUGAUGCUGUUACCCCCGCCCGCGCGCAAGGGGUUCAGCAUCUCAGCCCAGUAGGACAGGGAAACACAAUGCUCUACACCCCCGACUCAUCAUGCGAGACCUUCGAGGCGCUGAUGCCUGGUCGUCAGCACGCGGAGAACCACAACAACAUGGGCACGCAGUUCUCAGACUUCCAACUCUUCGGGUCCGGUGCGCCGCAGGGACAGGGCGCGUUGUUCGGCGAAGUCGCGCCGCUGGGAGGGCACCAGCAUGAGGGCGGGAAUACGGCGUCGCAUGAGAUCUUUAUGGCUUUUUACGGGGCGGGUGGUGCCGGGCCGGCGGAGUGGGGAGGGGAUGAGGGGUUUGAUGGAAAAUGGGGUGGCCUGUGAGGGGACAUGUUUGCCUUUUCCUCAAGGAGGAAGGUGGUGGAGUGGAGAGUGAGAAGGAAGAAGGGGGGUGAUUAGAUCUCUGUGCUAUUACGACGUCGCAUCUCUUCUUUUUUUCUCUCUCUUGUUUCUCAUCUUGUUUGGGAUGUUAUACGUUUUCGUUCUUGUUUUUUGGGUUACGACGAUGGAUGUUGCGAAGGGAGCGCAUUUUUUUAUGAUGUUAUGAUAUGAAUUGGAGGGGAGGGUUUACCCAGCAUUCCGAGGGAAGUUGGGUGGUGGACGAAAAAGACACCGCUGGCUAGAGAGAGUGGUGGUGCGUGUAAUGGAUGGACGCUGAUGACAAACCGAACCGAGGGAAAGAGGCGUGUGCGCGGGCAUACAUUAGAUAUAACCAUCCAUUGUUGUUCUUUCUUUUCUUUCUUUCGGCUUUUAGGAUAGCAUUUUUGUUGUUUUCCUUUGAUCAUCUCGACGGUGGCUCCGGGGAUGUGGAUGGGGAGGGAUUCAUACAGCGCAGGAUAGGGGGAAUGUAAGACUUAC